CGCGCGUGCCAUCUUGACAAGGGUGAAGGGAGGAGGAAAGCAUCCCUUAUUUCAUGGUUUUUCUCCCUUUUUUCACCCUUUUUCACCCUCCGCGGGGAACGCUCUAGGGAAGCAAGGCCGCAAUGGCAGCCCUGGAAAAGCUCGUCCGGGCCUUUGAGGCAGUGAAGCUGUCUCAGGGGAGCCCAGCCGGUGGUGGGGGCUUGGUACCCGGUGGGGGCAGCCAGGGACUCGACCAGCGACCCCAGGAGCACACCAGCACCAUGGCGUCCUUGGCGUCUUCCCUCUCACAACAGAGUCAGGGGCUCCUCAGUAAAAAAGACCAGGUAUUGAGUACAAAGGAAAAAGCUGCCACCUGUACUGUCAUAGCUGAUGCUCUCGUAGGGGCCAAAAGCACAGAUAUUCAGAAGCUGUUGUCAGUGGGCAUCGAGACUCUCCUGCUUCUCACAGCUGACACAGACCCUGAUGUGCGGACAAAUGCAAACGAGUCUCUCAACAGAGUCAUCAGAAGCCUCUCAGAGACACAGCUUGGUAAGAUCCAGGUUGAGCUAUACAAGGAAAUAAAAAAGAAUGGAUCUGUAAAAAGUCUAAGGGCAGCACUGACAAGAUUUGCCGCUCUGUGUCAUCAUAUCAGACCUCAGAAAGGCAGAGCUUAUGUUCAAAACCUGUUGCCAUACAUCACAAGAAUGGCCCGCAGAACAGAAGAGCCCCUGCUGGAGACACUAGCUAGCUCACUUGAGAAAAUCAUGCCGGUCUUAGGACACUUCACAAACGACAAUGAGAUCAAGAAUCUUCUUAAGGCAUUCUUGCACAACCUCAGCAGCACCUCGUCGGCCAUUCGUCGCUCGGCAGUGACCUCUCUCAUUGUGCUUUGCUGCCACUCGCGGAAGCCACCCAUGUUCUUCGGUUGGCUGUUGAGUACAAUCCUUCAAAUCUUGGUACCUGUUCAAGAUGACAUCCCAACGAGCCAGGUUCUUGGAUGCCUUCUCUGCAUGCGAUCACUCAUGCCUCAUAUUUGGGAACAGUGUUCUCCCUCGCUUCCCUCAGAAGGGCAACAGGCGCAGCACUCCACUCAGCUGCAGUCUUCUGAUUAUGCAAUUUCAUAUGACCAAACACUUCAGGUGUAUGAGCUUUGUUUGCAUUAUAGUUCCCACUCAGACCAUAAUAUCAUCACAGCAAGUCUUGAGGCUCUCCAGACUUUGUUGCAGAACCCUCCUCUUGCUCUCCUAAUGACUCUGACAGCACCAGAAGGCAUCACAAGAUCGAGGAUCUUUGCUGACCCGAGAGCCAGUCAGCUAUCUUCAAGAGCACCAAGUCAGGUUAGUGUUGCUCCUUCGUUAUAUGAAGAAGACAGUCUCCUGUUAGAUCUGGAGGGAGGAAGUGGAAAGGUCAGCAUAGACAUUGACACACCAGAUGGUAAGAUAGACCUGGAGGAGGGACUCAAAGAGGAAGAUGAUAAAGGUGGAGGAGGAGGGGGAGGAGGAGGAGGCGGAGGAGGAGAGGGAAGGCAAGAGUCAUUGACAGAUGUUGACGCUGAUGAGAAUGACAGCAGCCUCUACUCCAGUAUCGAGAUUGGCAAAGUGUCAGGAGAUGCUUCUUUGCUAUUUGGAAGAGGAGAGAUGGACCUGAAUGGGGAAAAACGCAAUGGAGAUCGUGAGAAAAGGAAACACAUUCAGCACAUAUCAUCGCAUUCACAUAACAAAUCCCUUGAUGACAAAGCUAUGGGUACUGAUAAAGCAGCAGGUGCCAUUGGAUCGUUUCUAGAUGAGAGUCUCCCCAUUAGAUACCUUGUGCGAUACCUCUCCUCCUCAUUCCUCCUCUCGGGUCAUGUUGGGUCGCUAAUACCCGAUCAGAUGGUCAGGGUGAGCAUCAAAGUACUGGCCCUCAACUGUGUAGGAUUAGCCGUCACAGUUAUGCCUUCCCUCAUGGCUGAGCCUCUCUUUACCACAAGUGGAGGGGAAACUGAACUAGAACAACAUAUCGAUGAUAUCCUGAGGUUUCACAGACACUCGGAUCCUCAGCUGGGAGCAAGUGUUGGCACAGUUGUUGGCCAGUACGUCCGAGCCAGCCUCAUCCAUGGGUGUGGACAGUAUAAUGAUCUUGGGAGACCUGGCUUGGCCUUGCCCUCAUUGCUGGAGAUAUUGUGCAAGUUACUAGGUAGUGAAUCUAGUGUGACAUCACGAGGAGCCGUCAGUGGCCUAGGAUUGUGCCUCGGAGAACUUUUGCACUCUUGGCAUGCUGGGGUAGUUCUUGCCGUCCUCCCACACCUUGUCAAUACUGGCUCAAAUUUAUAUUGGUUGGUCAAGGUUGAAUUGUGUGACCUGCUGGCAGGACUUCCAUUAAGCUACAUAGAUCAUGUUGAAAGCAGCAGUACAUACACAAGUGCAGGUGGUGCUGUUUCAAUGAUGUCUUCAUUGAGGCAGUCAGACAGGUUCUCUCAUCGUGUUUUGACGGCAGUUUUGAUUCCCUUGCUGGCAGAUCAGGACCCUAGAGUUCGCACAGCUGCAGGAACUGCAUGCAUGAAAUUGGUUCCAGAAUUAAUGAGCAGUGGUAAUCUCAUCCAGAAAGUGGCAUCCAAUCUAGUACGUCCGGGACGCCUCAAAGGAAAGAUGGAUGACUCGCAGUCUCUCCAUCAUCUGUCUUACAGAGGUCUGCCUUGCCUCCCUGUUCCACCCAUGCAUAGACUCUUCCCAGAGAGUAGACCACAUAUAACUGACAGUGCCAGAUGUCAUCAGUCUUUUGGAAUCUCCUUAGACUUGAAAAAUGUGGGAGUUUCACAGAGCCUUUCUCGCCUCAUUUAUGCCUUAACAACUCAUCUAAUGAACAUGAACAACAAGUUCCUUAUGCUUGGAUGUUUAGAAUCAUUGUCGUUGCUGAGUGAACACUAUCCUCCAGUUUUGUAUCCUGCUGCAUGGGGUUGCCACAUUCCUCAAAUGCAAACAAGUGACAGCAAUAUACACAUUGGCCUAAUCACACUGGUGCUCUCUCUGGCUGGUGAGGCACCACUGGCUGGAGACCUCAGUGUUCAACAGAACAUUCUGACUCUUGCCUCGAACAUCCUCACUGGAAUUGCUGUUGAGUCGUUGAGACAUGGAAGAGAUGACGUAUCAACGUCUAAAGUGCCAUGGUCUCUAUUAGGAUCCCAACAGAUGUCAACAGUGGUGGAGGCAGUUGUCCAGCACAUCUUGCGUGUACUGUGUGUCUAUACCCAUGUCUUGGAAGAGAUCACACCUGGAUCUCGACCUCAGCUGGCCCCUCUGAAUCCACAGGCUGCUAUAUCUCCAAUAAAGAGAAGAACAAGAGCAGAAACCACAGGUGAUAAAAAUCGUACACACUCUCCAAGCAAAGGAGACAAAGGGGACAAUGAGGAAAAGGAAAGAAAGUCAUCAAAGCCAGGAGCUAUUGGGUCAUUUUUCCACCUCCCAGAGUACAUUAAAAUGUAUGAUGUGCUAAAAAAUGCAUAUGCUAAUUAUAAGAUCUCAUUAGAAGAAAACACAAUGGAGAAGCUGUGCGGAUUGUUACGUGUCACCUUAACAAGCCUAGGAAGGAUACUGGAAGUUGCCUCCAUGCUAGAGUUUGGGAGGCUUGCUGAAGAAAUCCUGCAGUAUUUGAAGGUGGUGACAUCUCUCCUUCCCACACUAACUGUGCAGUGUGGUCAGCAGCUGUUAAAGUGCUUGUUUGGUUCAAAUGUGAUGGCACUCUUUGAGCACUUGGGCAGGAAGGGAUCUGAUCAUCACUCAAGAGUGCCAGCAGAUUCUAUUGGUACUGGUGGUGAAAGUCUCAAUGAAGGACCGGAAAUUGUUAGUCUACAUCAGCGUUGCUUCACCCAGCCUUUGUCCCAGUUAGAGGAUGACUUGACUGCCAUGUCUGAAGCGCGGCAGGACAGUGAACCUAUUAGUUUCACUCUUAAUCAAAGAAAGGGAAGUUCUAGUCUCUUCAAGACCUUAGGAAGAGGAAAUGACAAGUCAUCUUUGAGUUCCUACAUAAGGCUUUUUGAGCCACUAGUCAUCAAAGCAUUAAAGCUCUAUACAGUGUCAAGUGAUGUUAUUAUGCAACGGUCAGUGCUCCAGCUCCUAAUCCACUUGGUGCAGAUUCGGGUCAAUUAUUGUUUGCUGGACUCUGAUCAGAUAUUUAUAGGAUAUGUCAUCAAGCAGUUUGAGUACAUUGAGGAAGGACAAAUUAAGUCAGCAGAAGAGUUGAUUCCUUCCAUGUUCCGUUUUCUGGUGCUUUUGUCCUAUGAACGACAUCACAGCAAGAGCAUCAUUGGGGUUCCCAAAAUUAUGCAGUUAUGUGACGGUCUUAUGGCAAGUGGACAGCCGCCCCUCUCACACUGUAUACUGGCCUUACAGCCGCUGGUGGAAGACUUGUUUCUGGUCCGGAGCACAACGAGCACGACUGACCAGCGGGAGCUAGACACUCAGAGGGAGGUCUUGUGCUCUAUGUUGCUCCGAUUGGCUCAUUAUCACCAGGUAUUGCGCCUGAUUUCGCUGGUGCUUGGAGCGACCAUGGAGAGUAACAGGGAACGCUGGAGGAAACUGUCACGGCAAGUGAUUGACACUCUUCUUCCACUCCUCUCCAAGCUACAAGUUAAUCUGGAUUCAGAGGAUUCUCUAGCUGCUGUGGAAGAAGUUAUGAAUGGUGUCUGUCCCAGUGUUUACCGGCCAGUCGACUGUGUACUCAAGGCUCUCUUCACUUCGCCUUGUGAAUUGGAGAGCACAGUGGGUGUGGAACGCUGGGUGGGUAGUGUUCUGUUGCUGCUGCGGAGCCUUAUCACCCAUUCAACACCAGAGCUUGUCCUUGCACGCCUCGAGGAACUAGGGCUGAGUAUGGACUAUGUGCACAGCGAUGUAACAUCUGACACCUCCCCAGGACCUACACCAGGUGGAUCAGAGGCUCUCUCGCCACAGGUCGGAGACCAUGCCUCAGGCUUUAGAGAUCCUCUGAAUGUGACACAGCCUGAGACUCUUCCUCAAGUGGCAAUGGCCAGAUUUCUGCUUGAAGUAGUGCGAGUCAGUGUAAGUGAGAUCAGGAGUGUGCGGCUGUCCCUGUUGAACAGUGGGCCUCCCCCUGAUGGAAAAGGUGGCCAACACACUCCCUGCUUAUUGGUACAUUUGUCUCAUCAUCUGCUUCUUACCCUCCUGCAUCUCACUAUUUCUGGUCAAUGGAGAGAUGUCAUCACCUCUCUGAAGGAUAUAUGCGGUCGAGAGUCAGAGCUUAUGGAUGAAAUAAGUGAAGCUUUGCUCUCUGUGUCUGGCUGGUAUCCUCCUCUCACACUCUUGUGGUGCAAACUGAUGACCUGUUUAGACCUGACUUCACAAAACCUCUGGACACGUGUCUUAAGGACUUGCCAGCGGAAAUCAGUUACCAGUAUCAGCAGCCCAGUGGUGAGUGAGGCUAGUGGACCCUCCAGCUGCCUUCCUCUGGAGUUCUUGAGAAGAUGUGGAUUGCUUGUCUUCUCUGAGUUUGUUGUUCGACACAUGCAGGAAGGAGAGUGGCUGACAUGGUUGGUCGUACAGCACAUAAGUGAUGUUGUUAUCCUUCAUAAGGAGCCACCAAUUUCUACACUUAUUCAGUCUAUACACUCGUCACCUGCGGCCUCAGCUCUCCUCAUUCAAGCCAUCCAUGCUCGUUGUGACCAUGUGCAGAAGGCAGAAUAUGGGGGCCACAUUAUAUCAUUGGUGUCUGGAGUGCACAUAUCACAGUCUGGUGCCCUUAUAACCUUUCUGGUGGAGCGGCUCCUUGCUUCACCCUUCUUGGCUGUCACUCGUGCUGCUUGUUCCCUGGCAACCCAGCGCCUUCACCUUCUUCUAGCCAUGCCUCCAGGCCAAGUCCUUGUUCAGCUGCCUCUAGAGGACCUAACAAAAAUUCUAAAUUAUAUGAAGGAAAACAAACUGAACAAGAGAUAUGGGCAGAUGCAUGGCUUGUUGCAGAGGUUGUUAGGACAGGUACAUGGCAUUGCCAGUUCUCCAUGCACUGAAGCAACUCCUAUCAGCCCACCACUCCAAGGUCCUGCCAACACUCGACUAGAUCUCAACUGGUACCUUCAACUUGUUAGAAACAGGUGCACCCAGGGGGAAGGAGGAGGCCUAGAAUGCGGGCAGUUGCUAAGUCAACUGGAGUACAGUGAGAUCAUCAACAUCAUGUCUGGGAAGUCCUUCAACACGGGACUCCUGACUCACACUCUUAGGCUUGGACUCACCACCACUGUACAGGCAAACAGGGACUGGGGUGAGUGCAAUAGCUCAGUGGAGACAGGAGACAGUGAGGAGUGCAGCAGCGGCAGUGGCACUGGAGAAGCACCACUCUACACAGCUAGCAAAGUGAUCCUCCUGCAGCACCUAGCACAGGUGGCAGGUUCUUUGCCAAGGCCACAUCACACCUUCACCCCAGGUGGAGGUAACAAGUACAGUGAAAGAGUGUGCAAGCUCCUGUCUGGUGAUGAUGGUAUUGGCAGUGUGGUGGAUACUUUGGCGCCGGCGCUGAUCGAAUACCUCACUGCCAUGACCCGCCUUCCAUGGGGUGCAGAAAUCCCACCAGAUAGUUCUGAACACAUCCUUCGGUUUGCUCUCCUGGCCAUGGAGUAUUUGCAUUGGCAAGUGUGGUUAGGAAGUGUUAGCAUAGAAGUAGCAAGUCUGUGCCUAUCAUGUGUGGACACAGUUCUACGCACUGGGUCUUUGGCAAACCUGAUGGGCCUCUCGGAGAGAAUAUCAUAUGUGUGCUCUAUGGUGGCAGCUCUCCAUGCAGCAGCCUCACAUCUCAUCAAGCCUAGAGCUUUACCGAGCUUGCCAAGUGCUCUCAGCCAUUGUUUGAAUGAUGGAGAGAGCAGUCCCUUGGUGGCUUGUCGUAGGCUGAUGCAGCUGAUCUCCUGGUUGGAAGCUGGCAGUGCACGAGAUUUACCAGCCUGUAUAGCACAGCCAAUUAAAGGCAUCAUAAUGGGUGUUGGCCGGAUGCCAGUAGUGAAUAGUGUUGUGAGAAUACCUCCCGAUGUGUGGACCCUUGGUUGGUCUCCACAGUUCUCAGGAGAAAAUGGCACAACCUUACCACCAGUCCACAAUGAUCUCUUACAGGAGACAGAUGUUUUGAAGCAAUUUGUGUUCAGACUGGAAUUGUUUGGCUGGAUUGGGCGACAUCAAUUUGAAGAGACGUGGAUGGCCCUGUUAUGUGUCCUGAACUCUACUCCCAGUGAAAACACUCCAGCUGAAGAACUCCCCUUCAUUAACUUGAGUUUAUCACUGGCUGUGAGAGGGAUUACUGCCCUGCUGGUACAGACUUUGCUGCUUCCACUUCCGGGCAAUCCCCAUAGUGGACACCUGUUGAAUAUCCCACGAGAUAAGCCACCCCCUUACCUAACCUCUAAGUCUGGAAGGAAGCUCCAAGAGAUCAUGUUCCGGCUCCAUGAGAGGUUAAGAGAAGUUCAUCAUCUGAUCAAGGGAGGGCCGAGGCAGACACCUAGUUACCAGCUGAGUCAGGUGUCAGUUGAGUACCUGGUCACUGCUCUCAAUAGCCAUGCUGAGCCGCCAGACUCUCCUGAAACUGUCCUUCAGACAGGUUGUUAUGAAUUUGAAGUCCGGGAACGGCAGCUAGCAAGCUGUGGUUUAGAUGUACAGUCUUGUCUCCACACCCUGCAUUACUUGUACUCUUUAUGGCUUCGACCACAAAGUGGUUUGUGCGCAUCAGUGGUAGCUGAAGUAGUAAAGUCAGUGAGCUGCCUGUGUGAUUUGUUCUGUUCAGCUGAUCAUCACCGCUGGGUCUUGGAGGCCUUGCUUCCCCUGCAUACCCUGCACCCCAUAGAAGAUCACAUCACACAGCAAUACAUUAUUCUUUCCACCUGUAAGGCCUUAGCCACUCUAAGAUUAGCCAAGCAGGAGGUGAGUUCAUCGUUAAGCGAAGGUGUGGUGCACAUUGUGGAGAGUGGACUGAAGAGUGGUCAGGUGUCUGUACGAACAUGUGCUGUUCAGGGCCUCCUCUACCUACUACAGGGUCCACCUGAGGAAAGCCCUCCUUUAGUGAUACUUGCAGCAAAUUACAUUCUCAAGUACAAUGAUGGUGAACAUUUCAUUAAUAUCUUUGAUGCUGAGUAUAUUCCAAAGGGUGAACUUAAAUAUUUACACAUGGGAAGAAUAGGAAAUAUGGCAUUGAAGAAUGUACAUGAGAGUCGUGUGGUUCAAAUGUCGGCCAUCGUUAGUCAGUCAUUGGUCGACGUUCCCGUGUUCGCCACUGUACAGGUUUUACAGGUUCUUGACAGGACGUGCGCCCGUGAGCAUAAGCUAAAGAUUCACCUGGCAUGUGUGGCCUAUCGUUCGGCACUAACAUAG